AACAGUCGAAGCAUUCCGAGCACGUGGACGAAAUACACACAAGGGAACUUGAGACGAUCACAGGAACAAAGAGCCAAAUCAGAACGCCUGAGAUGUAAGAUGGAUGAUCUAAUGAAGACUACGAGCGCUGCGGUCUAUAACCAAUUCACUGUGGUAAACAACGCACUCCGGGCCAGGAUAUUGGAAACGACCUGCGCACGGGAUCAAUUAAGGAGCGCAUUAAAGAAGGUUUCGCUGGAAUUAUGCGAUAUGGAAAAAUUGGCGAAAAUGCUUCAAGAUGCCAUCGAAGAUAAGAUGGAACCACUAAGGGUAGCGGAGACCAGACUUAUGGAGCGAACGAAGCGGCAGAAUGUCGAAUUAUGCCAUGAUGGCGCAAUGAAAGCGCUUCAAAUCGAAGUGGCGGAGAUGCACAAGUCUCUUCAAGCUCUCAAGGAACGCUUACGCCAUGCUCAGAUCAGUACAUCUCGUUUGAAGCGAAGCCAAGAAUCAUUGAAAGAGGAUAUUGCGAUCAAGGAGAAUUCCAUAGAGAUUGAUCAACGAUGUUUGAAUGCACGCAAAACAUACCCGAUCCAAGGCAAACCAGGCAGUUUACUAUCGCUUCCCGUUUCUUACUAACGUGGUUUUUUUACAGAAAAGGUAGAAAAGAACAAGCAGUAUUAUAUCUUCAUCUGCAAAGCGAUAAAAAAGGAUAAACAAGCACAUAAAUUAAUGAAAGAUGAAAG